UCGCUGCUCUCCAGGCUGCUGCUCAGGGGGAACGCUGCCGUGCCAGUGGCUUCUGCUCUGCUCCUACGGACUCGGACAACCAGGUUAUUUUUUGAGCUUUGCAAGGCUAUCUGCUGAUUGUGUAAUUCAGUUUGUCAAGGAAAAAAACCUGAUAAGCAGAAGCUCCUGCUGAAGAGGAGAAUCAGGUUGGCGCAGUGACAGAUGUUCGAAUAAAGAAGUUGGCUCAGAGAAGACGUAAGGGGUCUGAUUUUUUUUUCUUUUUUUUUCCUCCCCCUCAAUCUGAAUGAAGACUAUCAUGGGAACUGCAUUCACAUGGUGAUCAAAAGAAACACUUGAGUGAUGAACUGCUUUUGCAGAAGUCGUCUAAGGCAGUAAUUUGAGCUUUUGUGUGCGGUAGCUAGCUUGUUUUGUUGAAGCAUUCCUCCUCAACAGUAUUUCUGCCUUGCGAAUUCCCCGAUGGAGAAGCCACAGCUACUGCCCGGUAAAGGAAAAAUGAACGCUCCGCAUUGCUUGUGUCCCUGAUGGAGUAACACCGGCUGCGUCGCUAUCGUUUGGGGAGGCUGGAUUCCACCGGCAACAUUAUUCAAGGAGUUCAUUGUCCCUGUGCUCUGACUCAUCGCAUGUAAAUGUGCUGCAGCCGUGCUGCACGUUGCAGCUCUUUUUCUUGCAUGGGAAAGAAUUAUUUUCCUCUAAGCAGGUCCUGAAUAGCUGCUGGAACCGAGAUGCGUUUUUCUGGCCGGGCUGUUUGUGGCAUUGAGAGAGGAAGCUGUAGAACGACAGGAUGAUCAGGGGGCGCGUUUAUUUUCAGUCACCAGAAGGGCUGCGACGGUUGUUUUAAAACUGACCUUGCGGGAGUGGGGAAUAGCUGCGGCCGCCUCUUUCGGGGCAAUUGUUCCUUGUUCUGUCCUCGGUAGGACCGAGUCGUGUCUUCUGCAACAAUGAUUUCACUGUGGGGGUAGAAGGACGCUGUGGAAGUUGUGACAUUAACAAAGACAGAAUUGCUCGUGAAAGGACAGCUGUGUGCGACAGUGAGUGCUGUUCGAAUGGAAUUGGAUCUUGGGAUAUUUUUAUCAGCUGUUCCACAGUUUCGUUAUUGUGGUUUCGAUGCCUAGGGAAUUUUUAUUUUUAAAAGAACAACUUUUUUUCAGCAGUGUCUUGAACGUCUCAGGGUGCUUAAAUCUGAAAAAUGAAAUGUGAGGGGGGAUUGGAAUGUCCCUUUUUAAAUGCAAAUACAACAGCGGUAGCACUCGCAAGUUUGUGAGGGCAUGUGAAACAGGUGAAGGUAUUUCCUCUAUGGUCCCUGCUGCUAUACCUGCCGUCUGGUUCCAAAAAUACCGCUCCUAGCAUUUUUUUGUUUGCUUUUGCUUACUCAAACGGUUCGAAUGAGUCGAGUCUGUAUUGUUGUUUUGGAGGAGGAGGAAGAUGAUUCUCCCACAUUUAUUUCCAAUUUGCCUCAGGAAAAUUUAUCUUUACGUCCAUCGCCCUCUGGAAAUGUGCUGCCACCAUUGGUUCAAGCUAUAUUUAAUGGAGAUCCUGAUGAAGUUCGAGCACUAAUAUUCAAGAAAGAAGAUGUUAAUUUUCAGGAUAAUGAGAAAAGGACCCCUUUACAUGCUGCUGCCUAUCUGGGAGAUGCAGAAAUUAUUGAACUACUUAUUUUAUCUGGAGCUAGAGUUAAUGCCAAAGACAGCAAAUGGUUGACUCCUUUACACAGAGCUGUAGCAUCUUGUAGUGAGGAUGCUGUUCAGGUGUUGUUAAAGCAUUCAGCAGAUGUCAAUGCUCGUGAUAAAAACUGGCAGACACCGCUACACAUAGCAGCUGCAAACAAAGCUGUGAAGUGUGCUGAAGCUCUGGUGCCUCUCCUAAGCAAUGUAAAUGUGUCUGAUCGAGCAGGCAGAACUGCAUUGCAUCAUGCAGCCUUCAGUGGACACGUUGAGAUGGUCAGCUUACUGUUGUCUAGAGGGGCCAAUAUUAAUGCAUUUGACAAGAAAGACAGACGAGCUAUACAUUGGGCAGCAUAUAUGGGUCAUAUUGAAGUUGUGAAAUUACUCGUGACCCAUACAGCUGAAGUGACAUGCAAAGACAAGAAAUCAUAUACACCCUUACAUGCUGCAGCAUCUAGUGGGAUGAUCAGUGUAGUCAAAUAUCUUCUGGAUCUUGGUGUUGAUAUGAAUGAACCAAAUGCCUAUGGAAAUACUCCUCUCCAUGUAGCUUGUUACAAUGGGCAAGAUGUUGUAGUGAAUGAACUCAUAGACUGUGGUGCUAAUGUGAAUCAAGUAAAUGAGAAGGGGUUUACACCUUUGCACUUUGCCGCUGCAUCAACACAUGGAGCAUUGUGUUUAGAGCUUUUGGUCUGCAACGGUGCAGAUGUAAAUAUAAAGAGUAAAGAUGGGAAAACACCUUUGCACAUGACAGCCAUCCAUGGUAGAUUUUCAAGAUCCCAAACCAUCAUUCAAAAUGGAGCUGAAAUAGACUGUGAAGAUAAGAAUGGAAAUACCCCUUUGCACAUAGCAGCUAGAUAUGGCCAUGAGCUAUUAAUCAACACACUGAUUACGAGUGGUGCUGACACUGCAAAGCGGGGUAUACAUGGGAUGUUUCCUCUCCAUUUGGCAGCAUUAAGUGGAUUUUCAGACUGCUGCAGAAAGCUCCUCUCAUCAGGUUUUGACAUUGACACACCAGAUGACUUUGGCAGGACUUGUCUUCAUGCAGCUGCAGCUGGAGGGAAUUUGGAGUGCCUAAAUCUUCUGCUAAAUACUGGUGCAGACUUCAACAAAAAGGACAGAUUUGGAAGAACUCCACUCCAUUAUGCUGCUGCCAAUUGUAAUUAUCAGUGCCUGUUUGCCCUUGUGGGAUCUGGAGCUAGUGUGAAUGACCUUGAUGAGAGGGGUUGUACACCUCUGCACUAUGCAGCUGCAUCAGACACAGAUGGGAAGUGCCUGGAAUACUUGCUAAGAAAUGAUGCCAAUCCGGGGAUCCGAGACAAACAAGGAUACAAUGCAGUUCAUUAUUCAGCGGCUUAUGGUCAUCGCUUGUGUCUUGAAUUGAUUGCAAGCGAAACACCUCUAGAUGUUCUAAUGGAAACAUCAGGUACUGACAUGCUGAAUGAUUCAGACAACAGAGCACCUAUAAGUCCACUGCAUUUAGCUGCCUAUCAUGGCCACCAUCAAGCUCUGGAAGUGCUGGUACAGUCACUGCUGGACCUUGAUGUGAGGAAUAACAAUGGAAGGACACCACUGGAUCUUGCUGCCUUUAAGGGACAUGUGGAAUGUGUAGAUGUGCUCAUUAAUCAGGGAGCAUCCAUCUUGGUGAAAGAUUAUGUUGUAAAGAGAACUCCAAUACAUGCUGCAGCUACAAAUGGUCAUUCAGAAUGUUUGCGGCUAUUGAUAGGAAAUGCAGAACCACAGAAUGCAGUGGACAUUCAAGAUGGAAAUGGACAGACUCCUCUGAUGAUGUCAGUUCUCAACGGGCACACGGACUGCGUUUAUUCACUCCUUAACAAAGGAGCAAAUGUAGAUGCCAAAGAUAAGUGGGGAAGGACAGCAUUGCAUAGAGGGGCAGUUACCGGGCAUGAGGAAUGUGUGGAAGCAUUGCUUCAACAUGGUGCUAAGUCCUUACUACGAGACUGUAGGGGACGAACCCCUAUACACUUGUCAGCUGCCUGUGGCCAUAUAGGUGUUCUGGGAGCUCUCCUGCAGUCAGCUACAUCAGUGGAUGCAGUACCUGCAAUAGCAGACAAUCAUGGCUACACAUCACUGCAUUGGGCCUGCUAUAAUGGUCAUGACAGUUGUGUAGAGCUGCUUCUGGAACAGGAAAUUUUUCAGAAAAUGGAAGGAAAUUCUUUCAGUCCCUUGCAUUGUGCUGUGAUAAAUGACAAUGAAGGUGCUGCAGAAAUGUUAAUUGAUACGCUAGGUGCUGGUAUUGUAAAUUCAACAGAUUCGAAAGGAAGAACUCCUCUGCAUGCAGCAGCUUUUACAGAUCACGUUGAGUGUCUACAGCUUCUGCUUGGUCACAGUGCUCAAGUAAAUGCUGUAGAUUCUUCUGGGAAAACACCUUUAAUGAUGGCUGCAGAAAAUGGACAGACGAAUACAGUUGAGGUGCUGGUUAGCAGUGCUAAGGCUGAUCUGACUUUGCAAGACAGUUCUAAGAACACAGCACUCCAUUUGGCUUGCAGCAAGGGUCAUGAAACUAGUGCCUUGUUAAUACUGGAGAAGAUUACGGAUAGAAACCUCAUCAAUGCCACCAAUGCAGCCUUGCAAACACCUCUGCAUGUUGCUGCUCGAAAUGGACUAACGGUUGUAGUUCAAGAGCUUUUAGGGAAGGGAGCAAGUGUACUUGCUGUAGAUGAAAAUGACUGUCACUGUUAACUCUGAGCUGUUUAAGUGCUGUGGUACCUUACUAACAAUGAAAACAUCUGCUGCGCUGCACUUCUGUACGGCCCUAUCGCAUGGUCAGCUGGUGCGUUUUGUGCUUGAAUUAUCUGUGUUUCCUUGGAUUGUAUGCUCCUUUGGGCAGGGACUGUUGUCUUGCUCCGUUCCAAGCAUCAAGCACAAGGUCUGUCCCGAGCAAAUAAUAGUUCAACUGCAAGACUGUCCCCUGCUUGCUGUUUUCUGAAUUUCUAGCUACAAUUAUUUUCCAUAAUAUGCCUAUUUCUUUAAAACUUACAUGCAAUUGUAUAAUACAAUAACUGCUCCUGAGCUCUAUCCUAAAAUCUGACCUUGAUCUACUUCUACAAUAAAGAUGAUUCCUUAGUAGUUGAAACAUUCACUGGUAAAACAGGCAUUGCCUUGUUUUCCAUGCCUUCCUAAGGUCUGGAUAGAAGUCCAUCAUACUCUUUGCUUUUUAAAGCCAUCUGUUAAUUAAAAUUACUUGUGUGCUUUUUACUUGGAUGUUGUACACCUUUAAGUUGUGGACUGGGGGUAAUGCACAGGACUGCAGACUCCCACACGUACCUGAACAUGCGUCCUCCUAUUGAGCUCAUUGUGGGAAUGUCUGUCGCACGCAGUGGAAGGUGCUGCAGGGUGAUCUGGGCACACACUGCUGGGUGGAGCCAGGGAGAGGGAACCUGUCCCGCUCUGAUCAGGAGAAUAAGCUGUGAUCUGUGGUUGUACAUACAUGACUGCCCUGCUGCUAGAGCUGCCGGUGUCACCACCAAGUGUGGUGCCUCGUGCUGUAGAUACACUUGAGACCUGUGCCAGAACUUACCCUCAGGUGCCAUGCUGAAUGGUUAAGCUUGAAACAGAAGCAAUGCACGGAUCUCCACUGAGAAUUUGAAGCGUUUUUCUUGACAUUGACUGAAUAGAGGCAAGUACAGGGAAUGGGGGAAGCUGCAGAAGGAGCAGUAUUGAGGAUUAUUAGAGCCAUGGUUACCCAGAAGAGAUGUCACAGCUAUAUAUGACUUGACUGCAGGUCAUUCCAUGUCCCGAGACCUCUUGCAUUUAGGGGUUGUCACAGUAGUUUGUCUGGACCAGUUGGGCAACCAAGAGGUGUCUCUGCAUGUUCUAGUCUGCUAACCCAGCUGGCAUUUCCUCAAACUUCUGUGGAUUUCUUAACUGAUAUCUUGCAAAAUAAAGUUAGGCUUUGGCUUUAUAGUUUACAUUACUGUAUAUUGUAAUAAAGUAUAGGUUAAUUGACAGUGUAUACUCUGCCUUUUCAAUUAACUGUCCCUGCUGCUUUAGCCAGCUUGUUACUGAGAUAAGGCAGCAUUAUUAAAUUAACUGUCUGUGACUAGCAGCUGUGAUGGAAGCUUCUGGAUGAAGAAACAUUUAACACGAUGAGCUCUGGUUUCUGCAGUGGCUCUUUAGUGAAUGCCUUCACCCACUGUUGGCUGCCAUUACUUGUCUCUCCUCAGCCAGGUGACUCCCUCACUGUUUUCAGAUCCAGGCUUUUCUCGCUGGCCUAAAGUAUCUAACUGUGCUUAACAAAACAAUUAUAUCUUUGUUGCAAAGCCCAUUAACUUUGAGCUUGUUUUUGUAACCAGAAGUUUAAAAAUCCUAAUUGAUAAUGCAUUAAAUUUUUUUUACUUUUUAAACAGUGUGGAACUAAGCAAUAUAAAAUACUUUUGCAGCUGAAAGAUGAUAUGAUCUUGGAGAAAUUUUUGCGUUGUCUUUAUUUUAACUGAAGGUUUUGCUUUUUCUCGAAUUCCUAGGUUACACACCGGCUUUGGCCUGCGCACCCAAUAAGGAUGUGGCCGAUUGCCUGGCUCUCAUUCUGGCCACCAUGAUGCCUGUUUCAUCAAGCAGCACAUUACCUGCACUUACCUUCAAUGCCAUUAAUCAUUACACCAACACCUCAAAAACUGUCACCUUUGAUUCCUUGCCAAUCAUGAGGAGUGACCACAGCUCUUACUGUACUUUCAACAACAUUGGCAGGGAAGGUGGCUAUCCAUAUACAGAAGACGACGAGCUCAAUGACUCAGAUUCUGAGACAUACUAGAAGCUACAUUUUGUAGGUCUGAGGAGUGAACCCUCACGCUGGAAGGUCAGACUUGUGCUGUUGGAAAGCUGGUGGUGUUUGAAUAUAGAAAGAGGACAGACCUUUGAGAAGAUGUUUUUAUUGUGGUUGCAUAAAAAAAAAAUCUGUGAGACUCUAGGAAGAUUUUUAAGAGCAUAUUUUGCAGAAGAAGCAUGAAUUCUUGAAUAAGUACUUGGAAUCCAUGGCAAAAAAAAAAAAAAAAGAAUGUCAAAACUGUUUUAUUUAACGGUAUUAAUACCAUUCUGUUUCUGGUGCCGGGAGUAAUUCCUGCAGACUGGGCACCCGACUUGAUGUAAAUGAACAACACUAUUGUUCAACACAAAGGAUGCUAGAUUUAAAUAUUCUCAAUAAAACUAAAACCAUUUUGAAGGCAAUAAAUGAGUUUGGUACAGUAGGCAUUGUUUGUGCUGCAAAUUGCCAAAGGACCAAAUAACUUAAAGAUUUUUUUAAUUAAAUAAAUUUUUGUGAAAACUGGAAUAGGUUAUUUGAGAAGUUGUUUCAACCAAACGUUAAUUACUUCUGGAAAAGAAGCUUAGAUUUGGGUUUAAAUGUUGAAUUUUAUUUUUUUUAAUUCUCUGAAAGCCUUCCGACACUAUUAAAUGUACCAUGAAAGAAAGCAGAUGUACUUUUAAGUUUUAUUUUCUUUUUCGUUUAGGUGAAAUGAAAAUGAUCUUGUCAUACUUUUAUAAUACUGAAGUUAAACCAGCUAACAAGGUGAAGUCAGGGUGAAAAAUGUACAGUGUAAUAAACAAGGGAAGGGGGUGGGAGAUGUGGGAGGGAAGCAGUAAUUGUUGCACAGUUUUAGGGAUUUUUUAACUUGGGUUUUGGAUUGAGAUUUUUCUUAAUUUAAAAAUACACGAGUAACUUGGAAAUUAUGAAAAUGCGUAAAAUGAAUUGAAAUGUCUUGAUAACCCUGUUGUGGCUGAGAGUUCUUUUCAAUAAUUUAUCCACUUCCUUACAUCAUAAAUUUGUAUGUAAGAUUAAAAUUGUAUAUCCCUAUCACCUUUUUUUUUUUUUAAUCCCGGAGUUACAAAGUGGGGGGGAGGUGAAUUUAAAAGUAUAUUUCCCUAUUAGAGAAAAAAGUACAGUGUCUGGUCUGUGGGAAGAGCUGUGUAUCUUUGUUGUGCUCCAUUUAGAAAAUAAACAGCAGAAACAGGUCCCUGUAACGUAGUUCAGACUUGCCCAAAUAUUUUUUUUAAUUUAUAACAGACUACUCUGUUUUUUUUUUAAUUGCCUGAAGAAUGAAAAACUGACAUAAGUAAGCUGAAGUUUUGUCUGUUAAAUAUGAAUAUUUACUUUAUUUGGCUCUGCUUUAACUAUAACUGUUACUUUUCAAGUGAAUUUGUUUAUGUACAUGCAAGGAAUCCUUGCAUGUCCUGGCAAAGUACAAAUAAAUUACUACAAACCGAUUCCAAUUUCAUUUUUAUCCUUUUUUUUUUGUAUUGUGAAACUGGAAACGUUUGUAAAUUACAGCUGCUUUUCUGAACAUAGUGUGGAAACACGGGACAAUAUUUUGAUCUAUUUGAUAAUUUUGUGGGGUUUUUGAAGAAUUAAUGAGCAUGUACAUAGAAAUAGUGGCUGCUUGAAUACUGUAUUUACCUGCACUCUUUCAGUACUUCAAGAAUCCUGUAUAUUUUAUGGAGUAUAAUAAAAUGCAAAUUUGAGUUCUACUAAUGAA